GGUAGACGCUGACGGCAAAGGUAAACAAACUUCUCUGCAAGCUAGUAGCUUUAUUCAGUCUUUCCAAAAUGUCACAUUAAGUGUAAGUUAAGGGGAGAGACAGACAAUAUACAUGUAUUUAGAUGUUUUUAAAGCUUAACCAAAGCAAAGCUGAUAUCAAGAAGUUUUUAAUGAGUUGUCGUAGCAGCUGAUUUGACACGCAAGCCUUACAACGAAAGUGAAUAUUUAGUGUCGAUGGAGAAGAAGCUUGCCGAGUUCAGAGCUCGACGACAGGCUGAAAAUGCUGUUAAAAAGGAUCAGGACGCCGAUCCACAGCACAGUGCACCGACUGUAGCUGCUGAGCCUGAAACAACAUUAACAGCUGACAGGCGACAGACAGAAAACAACCGAGCUGCACCUCCAUGCUCAGAAACCAAGGACCGCAGUGAUUGGCUGUUGGACUCUGCUCUGGGAAGAUGGCUGGCAUCAAGAAAGUUUGUCAUCUCAAACCUUAUUUUGCUCAAAGUGCUGCUUUGGCUGGUGCUACUCGGCCUGUUUGUUGAACUGGAGUUCGGCCUGCCUUUCUUUGUCAUCUCUCUCUUCUACUGGCUUUACGAGGGACUCCGUAGCCCGGCGGCCCGCGAGCCUGGAGAGCUGAGCGCUUACUCUGUCUUCAACCCAGACUGUCAGCCUCUGCUGGGCACCCUCACUGCGGAGCAGCUAGAGGGAGAGAUGGGUUACAGACCUCUGGCUAACAGAUGAAGUGCUUGUGAUUUGCACAUCUAUAUCAAAUAAUCUGGGUUUUUUCUUUUCAAAACAUUUUUAAAAGAAUUUACGGUGAUUUAAAAUUGUAAUAUCAGCUUAUUACUGUCUGUCUAAAAUUAAGAGUUGUCCACUUACACUCUUUUGAAGCAAGUCAAAGGAAGUUGGAGACAUAAAACAUAUUAAUGUUAAUGUUACAGGGCAACAACAAUCCUCACUACCAUUUAGCUCAUAAUAUAAUGUGCAGCAUUUUUCACAAGUAGGGCUGCACCUUUUUUUCCAUGAUAUCUUUCAACAUUAAACAUUUGACAUUUUCCUAUACUAAAUAAAUGUGGGGGGGCUGUUCAGGAAUGUGAAUGGGAAGACAACAGCUGAUCCUGACUCACAUACAGAGACAAUAUAAAGGGUAAACUGCUGUUAAUUUAUUUGAUAGAAAUGCUGAUUACUUGAAAUUUAAGGCAGUCAAAGUUAAAUAAAACAUUUUGAAGAGUCCAA